AUGGACGAAAUGAUUGAAGCUUCAAGAAAUUGGAUUAAAAAUUUGAAAUCAAUCAAAUCAUAAUAAUUUUAAUUUUAUGAUGAAAUAGAAUGUCUAAUACAUUCCAAAUAGAAUAUGGAAAUAGAAUAAAUAGCUCAAGAAAUAAAAACAUUGAAUAAAUCCUGGAUUCCAAAGUUUCAAAAAAAAUUAAAAUUUUUUUCCUCCUUUUCCCCUUAUCCUGAUUGCAAAAAUAUAUUGAACAAUUUGACAGAGGAUAUAAAGAAUUUAGGAAACUAAGUUGGUCCUAAAAAGUAAGAAUAAUAACGGGUAGGGAUCGAACAGAUUUCUCAGAAUAAAGUCAAAAAUUCAUAUGAAAUCCCCAAAGAUAUUGUAGGGCCCCCAUUGCUUCCUAAAUCUUAAACCUGUUAUGUUCCAACAUAUAUAAAUAAUCCUACAGAAAAACCCACAUAUUAUCAUAAUUAAAAACCUCAAAAUUAUGAAUAGAAACCUUAUGUCUAUUAUCAAUAGUAUGAAUAGAAACCUUAAGUUUAACCCUAAAAGAUUCCAUAAAAUCCUACAGUCUAAUCCUUAGGGUAUCCAUAGAAUCCUUAAGUCUAAUCUCUAGGGUAUCCUCCUUCUAAACCUUAAGAUUAUAAUAAUUUACAAUAUUCAACUAAACCUAACAAAUAUUGGUGUGAGAAAUUAAUAUGA